CUCUGUCUCAAAGCCUCUGUGCCAGCAGGGAGUGUGCAGUCUGCCAAAGGAGAGGCCAGUGAUGAAGAUGAGGAGACGGAGUACUUCGAUGCCAUGGAGGACGCACCAGCUUUUAUCACAGUAACUGCAGACCCCAAGCACCACAGGCGUUCGGGCAGCAACCUGAGCGGGGCCAGCGAGGGCCACCCCGAGGACUGGAACCUGGAGGACAGUGUGUUUGAGAGCUCAAAUCAAAGCAGCUACAAUGAGUCCACAGGCAAAGAUCUCCUGCCAAGGAAGAGGAGAAGGACUCGAAUUCCUGACAAACCCAACUACAGCCUUAACCUCUGGAGCAUCAUGAAGAACUGCAUUGGCAAGGAGCUCUCCAAGAUCCCCAUGCCCGUGAGUCUGAGUGUCCCUGGCACCAGGGCUGGCACAGGGGGGGGAGGGAGGGAUGAGGAUUGA